AUGGAGAACUGCACCAAAGAUGACAACAUGCUGCAGAAUGGCAUUGUGCUUUUUCAACUGAUCAUCUACAUCCCAGUGCUCUUUUUGGGGAUCCCACUGAACACAAUUGCCUUCUGGGUCUUCUGCUGCAAACUCAAGAGGUGGACCGAGACCAGAGUGUACAUGAUCAACCUCAUGGUCGCAGACAGUUUCCUGCUCUUUGCCCUGCCUUUCUUGAUAUAUUUUACCAAGUAUGACCAUCCCAUGGACAAGCUAUGCUUUGCUGUACAGAACAUCUAUUUUACAAACAUGCCUAUGAGCAUCCUUAUCAUCACCCUGAUUGCAAUUGAUCGAUACAUUGCAAUCAAGUUCCCUCUAAAAGCAAAGAUUCUUCGAUCACCACUGAAAUCAGCUUCUAUCUGUGGGUUUCUUUGGAUAACGCUGAUAAUUUAUUCCUACUUUCGUCCAAACUUUCAUGCAAGAAAGGAAAAAUAUUGCCUUCAGAAACAAUCUAUUCAACCUAAUUAUUCAACAUUAUUCUCCAUUAUCUUUGGGUAUUUUAUUCCCUUAGGGACUGUGAUUUUUUGCUCAGUACAAGUCAUCAAAUGUCUCAAGAAGAAGAUGGUCACGAGCCCUCACGAGACAAAGUUAAUCGGGAAAGCAAUCCACAUUGUUUCUGUGAAUUUGUGUGUGUUUGUCGUAUGUUUUUCACCUUUCUACAUCACAUUGCUCUUGCGGUUUGCAGUAGAUGUUGUUGGAGCUUGUUCUCUGCUCUCAGAAGUUAGAGCCUCUAUUCAGAUCUGUGCGUGCUUAGCAAAUUUUAACUGCUGUUUGGAUGCAUUUUGCUAUUACUUUGCAGCCAAGGAAUUUCAAGAAUUUCCUUCUCUGUUCCCCAUUUGUAUAUCAAUGAGGUCCAAGAUGAACCAAAGCCAAGAGUCACAGCCACCCACAGAUCAAGUCAUGACAUAA